CCGAGCGGGCGGCGCCAGCACCAUGGCUGCGUCGGAGCUCUACACAAAGUUUGCCAGGGUUUGGAUACCUGAUCCUGAGGAAGUCUGGAAAUCAGCAGAGUUGCUCAAAGACUAUAAACCAGGAGAUAAAGUGCUUCAGCUACGCCUUGAGGGAGGCAAGGAUUUGGAAUAUUGCUUAGAUCCAAAGACAAAGGAGCUGCCUCACUUACGAAACCCUGAUAUUCUUGUGGGUGAAAAUGACCUCACAGCUCUCAGCUAUCUUCAUGAACCUGCUGUGCUCCAUAAUCUCAGAGUCCGUUUUAUUGAUUCCAAACUUAUUUAUACCUAUUGUGGUAUUGUUUUAGUAGCUAUAAAUCCUUAUGAACAGCUGCCUAUCUAUGGCGAAGAUAUCAUUAAUGCAUAUAGUGGCCAGAACAUGGGAGAUAUGGAUCCUCACAUCUUUGCUGUGGCAGAAGAGGCUUAUAAGCAGAUGGCCAGGGAUGAACGGAAUCAGUCCAUCAUUGUAAGUGGAGAGUCUGGUGCAGGAAAGACAGUCUCUGCUAAGUAUGCCAUGAGAUACUUUGCAACUGUGAGUGGUUCUGCUAGUGAGGCCAAUGUUGAAGAGAAGGUCCUGGCCUCUAAUCCCAUUAUGGAGUCAAUUGGAAAUGCUAAAACUACGAGGAAUGAUAACAGCAGCCGUUUUGGGAAAUACAUUGAGAUUGGUUUUGAUAAGAGAUAUCGAAUUAUUGGUGCCAACAUGAGAACUUAUCUUUUAGAGAAAUCCAGAGUGGUGUUCCAGGCAGAAGAGGAGAGAAACUAUCAUAUCUUUUACCAGCUGUGUGCCUCAGCAAAGUUACCUGAAUUUAAAAUGCUACGAUUAGGAAAUGCUGACUACUUUCACUAUACAAAGCAGGGAGGCAGCCCUGUAAUUGAUGGAGUUGAUGAUGAUAAGGAAAUGAUGCAUACAAGGCAGGCCUGUACUUUGCUAGGAAUUAAUGAGUCCUAUCAGAUGGGAAUUUUCCGAAUACUUGCUGGCAUCCUUCACCUUGGCAAUGUUGGGUUUACUUCCCGGGACUCAGAGAGCUGCUCAAUACCUCCAAAACAUGAGCCUCUUAUCAUUUUCUGUGAUCUUAUGGGAGUUGAAUAUGAAGAAAUGUGUCAUUGGCUUUGCCAUAGGAAGCUGGCUACUGCAACUGAGACCUAUAUCAAACCAAUUCCCAAAUUUCAGGCCACUAAUGCUCGGGAUGCCUUGGCCAAACAUAUCUAUGCUAAACUCUUUAACUGGAUUGUAGAUCAUGUCAAUCAAGCUCUUCAUUCUGCUGUAAAGCAGCACUCUUUUAUUGGAGUGCUGGAUAUUUAUGGGUUUGAAACAUUUGAGAUAAAUAGCUUUGAACAAUUUUGCAUCAACUAUGCCAAUGAGAAACUACAGCAACAAUUCAACAUGCACGUCUUUAAACUAGAACAAGAAGAGUACAUGAAGGAGCAGAUUCCAUGGACACUCAUAGAUUUUUAUGACAAUCAACCUUGUAUUAACCUUAUUGAAGCAAAACUGGGCAUUCUGGAUUUGUUGGAUGAAGAGUGCAAGAUGCCUAAAGGUUCAGAUGACACAUGGGCCCAGAAGUUGUACAACACACAUUUGAACAAAUGUGCACUCUUUGAAAAGCCCCGUCUGUCAAACAAAGCUUUUAUCAUUCAGCAUUUUGCUGACAAAGUUGAAUACCAGUGUGAAGGCUUCUUGGAGAAGAAUAAGGACACAGUUUUUGAAGAACAAAUUAAAGUUCUUAAGUCAAGCAAGUUUAAGAUGCUCCCAGAAUUAUUUCGAGAUGAUGAAAAAGCCAUUAGCCCUUCUUCAGCCACUCCUUCUGGGCGUACCCCCCUCUCCAGGACUCCUAUAAAGCCAACUAAGGUUAGACCAGGCCAGUCAGCAAAAGAGCAUAAGAAAACUGUGGGACACCAGUUCAGAAACUCCCUUCAUCUGCUGAUGGAGACCCUCAAUGCUACAACUCCCCAUUAUGUGCGUUGUAUUAAACCAAAUGACUUCAAGUUUCCAUUUACGUUUGAUGAAAAGCGGGCGGUACAGCAGUUGAGGGCAUGUGGCGUCUUGGAAACCAUCCGAAUUAGUGCAGCAGGUUUCCCCUCCAGGUGGACAUAUCAAGAAUUUUUUAGUCGCUAUCGUGUCUUGAUGAAGCAAAAAGAUGUACUUAGUGACAGGAAGCAGACGUGCAAAAAUGUAUUAGAGAAAUUGAUAUUGGAUAAAGAUAAAUACCAGUUUGGUAAGACCAAGAUAUUUUUCCGAGCGGGGCAAGUAGCUUAUUUGGAAAAAAUAAGGGCAGACAAGUUGAGGGCUGCCUGUAUCCGCAUCCAGAAGACAAUUCGGGGCUGGUUGCUGCGAAAGAAAUACCUGCGUAUGAAGAAAGCAGCUAUUACUAUUCAGAGAUAUGUUCGAGGCUACCAGGCGCGAUGCUAUGCCAAGUUUCUGCGCAGAACCAAUGCAGCCACCAUCAUUCAGAAGUAUUGGCGAAUGUAUGUGGCCCAAAAGAAGUACCAAAUCAAACGAGCAGCCACUAUCAUUCUUCAGUCUUACUUACGAGGCUACAUGGCUAGAAAUAGAUAUCAUAAGAUCCUCUGUGAACAUAAGGCCAUCAUCAUCCAGAAGCAGGUGCGUGGCUGGCUGGCUCGGCUGCACUACAAAAGGUGUCUAAAGGCCAUCGUCUACCUGCAGUGCUGUUUCCGACGAAUGAUGGCCAAACGAGAGCUGAAGAAGUUGAAGAUUGAGGCCCGCUCUGUUGAGCGCUAUAAGAAGCUGCACAUUGGUAUGGAAAACAAGAUUAUGCAAUUGCAGCGUAAAGUUGAUGAACAGAACAAAGAGUAUAAAUGCCUACUUGAGAAGCUGAACACCCUGGAGGGGACAUAUACCUCAGAAACUGAGAAACUACGCAGUGAUCUGGGUCGCCUCCAGCUUAGUGAGGAGGAGGCAAAGAUUGCCACUAGUCGAGUCCUCAGUCUCCAAGAAGAAAUUGCCAAGCUCCGGAAAGACUUGGAACGAACUCAGUCGGAGAAAAAAACAAUUGAGGAGUGGGCAGACAAGUACAAAAAAGAAACAGAGCAGCUGGUAUCAAAUCUGAAGGAAGAAAAUACGUUGCUGAAAAAGGAAAAAGAGACACUCAACCAUCUUAUUUCUGAGCAGGCCAAAGAGAUAACAGAGACCAUGGAGAAGAAGUUAAUAGAGGAAACAAAACAGUUAGAACUUGAUCUAAAUGAUGAAAGGUUGAGGUACCAGAACCUUCUGAAUGAAUUUAGUCGUCUAGAGGAGCGGUACGAUGAUCUCAAGGAAGAGAUGACCAUAAUGGUGCACAUACCUAAGCCUGGGCACAGAAGAACUGACUCUACCCACAGCAGCAAUGAAUCUGAAUAUACAUUUAGCUCCGAAAUUACAGAGACUGAAGACAUUCCAUUGAGGAUGGAGGAACCAAGUGAGAAGAAGGCACCUCUGGAUAUGUCCUUGUUCCUCAAGCUCCAGAAGAGGGUAACUGAAUUGGAGCUGGAAAAGCAAGCCAUGCAGGAUGAACUGGACCGAAAGGAGGAGCAAGUGCUCCGAAGCAAGGCUAAGGAAGAAGAAAGACCUCAAAUUAGAGGUGCUGAACUGGAAUAUGAAUCACUCAAGCGUCAAGAACUGGAAUCAGAAAAUAAGAAACUAAAGAAUGAGCUGAAUGAGUUACGUAAAGCCCUCAGUGAAAAGGGUGCUCCGGAAGUGACUGCUCCAGGUGCUCCUGCCUACAGAGUCCUCAUGGAGCAGCUGACUUCAGUCAGUGAAGAACUGGAUGUUAGAAAAGAGGAAGUCCUCAUCCUGAGGUCUCAGCUGGUGAGCCAGAAAGAGGCUAUUCAACCUAAGAAUACAAUGACAGAUUCCACAAUCCUCUUAGAAGAUGUGCAGAAAAUGAAGGACAAAGGAGAAAUAGCACAGGCAUACAUUGGACUGAAGGAAACAAACAGACCAUUUCCUAUGGAUUGCCAUGAGCUGAAUGAGGAUGAAGAGCUGUGGCUGGUUUAUGAAGGGUUAAAACAAGCCAACAGACUCUUGGAAUCACAGCUCCAGUCCCAGAAAAAGAGCCAUGACAACGAAACGGAGGCAUUGCGGGGUGAGAUCCAGAGUCUAAAGGAGGAGAAUAAUCGCCAACAGCAGCUGUUGGCCCAGAACCUACAGUUACCACCCGAGGCCCGCAUUGAAGCCAGCCUGCAGCAUGAGAUUACCCGGCUGACCAAUGAGAACUUGUAUUUUGAGGAAUUAUAUGCAGAUGACCCUAAGGACUAUCAAUCAUAUCGGAUUUCACUUUACAAACGGAUGAUUGAUUUGAUGGAACAACUUGAAAAACAGGACAAGACUGUCCGGAAAUUGAAGAAACAGCUGAAAGUAUUUGCUAAAAAAAUUGGAGAACUGGAAGUGGGGCAGAUGGAGAACAUAUCUCCUGGGCAGAUCAUUGAUGAACCUAUCCGUCCAGUGAACAUACCCAGGAAGGAAAAGGAUUUCCAGGGAAUGUUGGAAUAUAAGAAGGAUGAUGAGCAAAAACUUGUCAAGAAUCUCAUCCUGGACUUGAAACCACGUGGGGUAGCUGUCAACUUGAUCCCUGGGUUACCAGCCUACAUUUUAUUUAUGUGUGUCCGACAUGCUGACUACCUGAACGAUGAUCAGAAAGUGAGGUCAUUGCUGACAUCAACAAUUAACAGCAUUAAAAAAGUACUGAAGAAAAGAGGUGACGAUUUUGAAACUGUUUCCUUCUGGCUAUCAAACACAUGCCGAUUUUUGCACUGUUUGAAGCAAUACAGUGGAGAAGAGGGAUUUAUGAAGCACAAUACACCUCGCCAGAAUGAACACUGCCUCACCAACUUUGACCUGGCUGAGUACCGGCAGGUGCUGAGCGACUUGGCGAUUCAGAUCUACCAGCAGCUUGUUCGAGUAUUGGAGAACAUCCUUCAGCCAAUGAUUGUUUCUGGCAUGCUGGAGCAUGAAACCAUCCAAGGAGUGUCAGGAGUGAAGCCCACCGGGCUACGGAAGAGGACCUCCAGUAUUGCAGAUGAAGGCACUUAUACAUUGGACUCCAUCCUUCGGCAGCUUAACUCCUUCCAUUCAGUCAUGUGUCAGCAUGGAAUGGAUCCAGAAUUGAUCAAGCAAGUGGUCAAGCAGAUGUUUUACAUUGUGGGUGCCAUUACUUUGAAUAACCUUCUGCUACGAAAGGAUAUGUGCUCUUGGAGCAAAGGCAUGCAGAUCAGGUACAAUGUCAGUCAACUGGAAGAAUGGCUCCGUGACAAGAAUCUGAUGAAUAGUGGGGCCAAAGAAACUUUAGAGCCCCUGAUUCAGGCUGCCCAGCUCUUGCAGGUGAAGAAGAAAACAGAUGAAGAUGCUGAAGCCAUCUGUUCCAUGUGUAAUGCUUUAACUACUGCCCAGAUUGUAAAAGUUUUGAAUUUGUAUACUCCAGUUAAUGAAUUUGAAGAAAGAGUCUCCGUAUCAUUUAUACGUACUAUACAGAUGCGUUUACGAGACAGGAAGGAUUCGCCUCAGCUGCUCAUGGAUGCAAAGCAUAUCUUCCCUGUUACCUUCCCUUUUAACCCAUCCUCACUUGCAUUAGAAACCAUUCAGAUCCCAACCAGCCUGGGGCUGGGCUUCAUCGCAAGAGUCUGAACCAGGACACAUUCACAGGCAGAUGCUGCUGACAAUAGUUUCUUGCUUGAAAUAAGGACCCAUUAUUUCCAGUGAGCUAUUGAAAACACAUUUUUUUAAAAAGAAAAAAUCCUGCAUAUUUCCCAAACUAUAGGUGGAUAACUGGAAAUCUCUUUAGAAUACCUGGACUGCCCUGGAUAGAAAAGCAUGUUCUAAUAUGACCCAUCGCUUUCAGAGAGACAUUUCCAUAUCUGACCUUUUAGGCAUCCAGAGCUGGAAUACAGGUGGAUGGUGAAAAAGAAACAGAGAGUCGUCAGCUGCCGGAAUCCAUUUUAAAUCCUCAGCACCUCAUUUAAAUAGCAUAAACUAACAUGUAUUCUAUAGGUGAGUUGUUGAUAGACAGAGAGUGAAGAGGCCCACCUCCAGGCUAGAUGGAAGACCUGAAAGAAAAAGAAACCGUAGUUAAAUACGUAGUAACUUAGGCAUCAAUUAUGUUUAUAACUUGUCAGACUGGAAUGGAGAAAUAAACUGGCAAUCUAUAAAGUAAUUUUUCAAAUAACUUCCUUAUUUGUGAUCAUGUCACUAUAAUAUAAAGUGUGAGGUGUCAAGAGAUUUCUUGGCUUUACUGUAUAGCAUAGGUAUUCAUCGGUUUGUACCAUAGUUUACCAGGCAUUUUAAACUGUUGCUGCUUAUGGUGUUCUUUUAAAUGUAAACAGUAUUCUUCUUAGGCACUACAGUAAUAAUAUUCUCAUUUAUCAACUUUGUUUACAAUCCAAUACAGUCCAUUUUUCUAACUGGAUCAUAUGCAAUUGUCAACAAAUAUCAGCUCACAAGAAAAUGGUAACCAAGCACAAGUAGCACACUGGAAGUAACAGGAUAAUUUUUGUUUAAGGAGUCUUAUUAAACUAUUUGAUGUGUAGAGGGUAGGAUUAACAAAAUGAUUUGUCUUAUUUAUUCAGAAUUUUGUUGUGUGUGUGUGUGUGUAUAUAUAUACGCAUAUGUACUUAUGUGUAUAAAUAUAUAUAAUGUUUUUGCUGGGUUGAUAUCAUUUAGGUCUUCUGUAAAGUGUCUGGUUUUAGUUGUUGAAUGAGAUACCUACAGUGCAUGUUUUUAACAUUAGAUUGAGUUUCUUUGGUUCAUUUCUCCAACAUGUAAUCUCAGUCAGGUAUAUAGAAAAGAAGGUUGGAAUGUAAUUAUGAUCUAGAUUUGCAUGAUUGUCUUGAGACAGUUUACAAAUAAGAAAAUGUACAAUAAAUAUUUAAUUCCUCUCAACCUUCUGCAACUAUAGCAUCUGCUCUUAGGUAUCCCUGGAUACUUGAGGAGGCAUCAUGCUUGGAAGUUGGAUGUUAUUAAGUUUUGCAAAGGAUUUUGUUCACAAGUACCAAAAUCUAUAAGGAAAAGUUUAAUGCUGUAAUUCUAGUUGGGAUCCUCUCCAGAUCACUUCUCAGAUCAUUUAGUAAAGUUAAAUUCUCAUUUUGAGAUGUACAAAACCAAAUCUUUAGGAUUUUACCACAAGCUCUAGUCUCAAGUAGUGUUUUGUGGUCAGAUGUCAUAAUUGUUAGAUUAUCUUGUAAGAUUACCUAUAUUGUUGAAGUAUAAUGUGAAAUAUUAUGAUUAGAAAAUGAACAUUUUCAAUUUAAUGACAAAGUUUAUCAUGAAAAGAAAAAUACUGUAUUGUAGUUAUGUAAUCUUCCAGGCUUUAGCCUCCUUAUCUAUAAACUGAGGGAGUUGGUCUAGAUCAAGGGCCUUGAUAUUUGUCUGUAUGAUGAGAAACCCACAAGUGUAUCAGCCAUAUGAAGUCCUUACAAUUAAAAUUACUAGUUGACCCCAUCGUUCUGGCAUAAUACAUGGCUGCCAUCAGUUAUAAAAUGGUAGGAGCAGACAGGUGAUUCAACCCUACCUACUAUUUUUAUAAAUUAAAAAUAAUGUGGGACUGAAAAUCUCAACUGGGCCCCUGGAAUGGGCUCAGGCAGGCCACUAGUUGGAUGUCUCAUCUCUAGAUGAUGUUUAAGAUCUCUUCCAGAUUAAAAAAAAAUUUCUCUGACACUUUUAUAAUGGAAGUUUGAAAUUUAACUUAUGAAGUCAGUUUGCCAUCUGCUGGACAGACCAGUCUGCAUCGAUUUUUAAAUGGGUUUUGAAAUUGAGGCUACAGUCUUCAUCAGGAAUUAGAGCAGAGAGAUUGUAAGGAAGCUGACUUGAUGUCAACAAGAAUUUAGAUAAACACUUGCUUGAAGACAUGCUAUGGUAUAGAGAGAAUCUUCUUAAAGACAAUACCCAAAGCCAUUUACAUAAAGACAUAUGUACAGUCCCAAGACUGUAUGAUUCCAUGACCCAAGGCUCCAGGGUGGCUAGCAAUACAUCAGGAGCUAUCGGUACCCUUUGAAAAGGCACAUUUUUUUCCCCAGCACUUCACCUGACUCCAUGUUCUCGGCUAACUUAAUUUGGGUACUUUAUAAAAAUAUGUCACUCGUCUUCAAUUUGGGUGGUUGUAAGUGCAAAACAAAUUUAAAACACUUCUUCGGUUAGAUUAUCACUAUGAUUCCUUCACUGUUAAUUUAUCUUUGAAAACUACAUGACAUAUCUUCAAGCAAAUCUUCUCCUGUGUAUUAUCACUUAAUUACAUCCUUUGAUACUACUCCUCUCAUAUUUUCAGUCCAGUAUGAAGCCUGUUAGUUCAAUAGUAGCUAUAAGGGAAGACCUUUUGAACUAAAAAAAAUUCAUUGUCUUCCCCAUCUCAAGAAUGAUGUGUGAUAUAAAGCUGGAAAAUCAGAGAAAAAGUACAUGCAGCUGUGCUUUAAAUCUGGGAGGUGAUGCUGCCCAUUACCCAGCACACAGGGGGGAAAUAUGGGGCUAUGAUAUGAAUGCUUAGCAAUUUUUCCAACUCUUCUUGGAUAAAGUCUUACAGUUAUUUAUUAUUUUUUUAAAAUUCUAAAAACACUAAAAUACCCACAUUCAAAGUUAAAGGUACAGACCUAAGUGUAAAUAGUUCACAAAUUAUUUGCCAUUUGGUGAUUCAUUAUUUUACUUCAUUAUGGUGAAUAUUUGAGAGUUGGCUAUAGGUCAAAUUAUUUUACUGCAAACUCUGGGGAAUGGGGCAUAAAAAUGCUUUGUUGUCCUGGAAUUUUCUUAUGAUCAUUAUAGCUAGAUAUCUCAUUCCCAGUGCCCAGGACCACUGGCUUCUCAUUGCCACAGGGAUCAAAAAGGAAUUUUCUUAUAAAUUACUGUAACUUUCCUCUCCCAGGCUCUCAGAUCUCUAGGCCAAAGAUAUUGACUGAAGUCCUUCUCAGAUGUUUCAGUAGUGACAUGUUCACUUUUCCUCUCAUUGCCUGCCUAUCAGCUGAUGAUCCUUAGAGUGGCUUGAACUGUCAUGGAGGAAAGCAGGAGACAAAUUCAGACUUGUUAAAGAGUGAUUCCUCUCAAAAUUCCCCAGGUGAGAGAAAUAGAAAAGUAAGAUACAUAUUUGUAAAAUACUUUAUAGUUUUCAAAAAAAAAUUUCACAUGAAAUUUGAUCCUCACCAUGAUGCUGUCAAUGAGCUGAAGAAAGGCAGUGGAGUGAUUUACUACUUAAGGUCACACACAGUCGAGGACAGAAUCAGGAUGAAAAACCCAGGUCUUUAGAUUCCUAGUCCAGUUUGUUUUACACUAAACCAUAAGUAAGCAGUAGGGUAAGAGAAAAAUUAGGAAAUCUAUUCACUGGGGAUUUUGAAUAGGUUUCUAUUAUGAUCUCUCUUAAUUCAGUAAGCAUUUAUUAAGUGCCCACUAUGAGCCAGGAACUAUGCUAAGUGCUGGGGAUAAAAGGCAAAAAUGG